UGUCAUGCAUUCAAGCACGCUGCUGCCGUUAACACAACUCCCUUCUUCGCUUCCCUUGGGAUCUACAGCACCUAAAACCCAACCUUCUUAUUGUGACCCCGUCAAAGGAACAACUUACUACGGGGUCAACACAAAAUGCUCCGUCGCAAUGGCAAGAAAAGCUCCUGCGAGCCUUGUCGGAAGUCGAAGAUCAAAUGUGACCAUGAGUUCCCCAUAUGUCAAAGAUGUCAAUAUCGUGGCAUGACUACAAGUUGUGUUUAUCAUCCAGCGCCAAUGACUCGGCCAAAUUCUCUGCAGCAUCGUCGUCCUCAGGACCUUCAAAGACUGUCGCAGCUCAUUCCGUCCCCUACACCUGGUAGGGACAGUAUCA